CUUCAUGAGACAUUCAAGGUGGUCGACAAGUUGAUGAGUCAAUUGGGCUUCCACUGGGACACGAAGUCGGGCACAACUAUCAACGAACGGUCCGAGCCUACGUGGCAGGCAUACAUAAAGAAAAACCCUGCGGCUGCAGCAUUCCGCAACAAGGGUUGGGAUUACUACGACCUUGUGGUGCAAAUUAUG